UCGUGACUUUACCGACGUUUUAAAUAAAGUUGGUUAAUUAGAUAGAUAACCACAUGUUUUCCUCAAACAAAUGACGUACAUUAACUAUAUCUGCUCAACUUGGUCCAUCGCAAUCCUCGGACACGCGCUUUGUUCUCAUUAGAUCGAAAGAUAAAGCUGUGAUAUCUUGGUGGUGGGUUCUACAAGUAUAAUCUUGGCCAUAAACAAUAUUUCCCGUCAAAAUCUUCCUUUAAUAUAUGUGGUUGUUACUUUCUUCUUUGGUGAGUUUCUUUUUAUUUUUCUCUUAUAUUAUUAUUAUUCUUCUUUUCAGUCUCUUGGGAUCUUCAUAGUUUGAGAAGCUUCGAGUGUUGUUAAAGGUAGUUGCUUUGUUCUUGAAGAAACAGAGCAUCUUGAAACUUUAUUUCUUAUCUAGGUCAAUCUCCAAAGUUUGAGAGUCUUCUAAGCGUUUGCAAAAGUUUGAGUUCUUUGAUUAUCUUAGCGUUUGCGUUUCAAUUUAUAGCAGAUACAAAUAUUGUUUGGUGUUGUUUGUUAUUGCUUCUGUCUAUGUGUUUCAUGAUGAGAAUCUUCCAUUCUAGGACAUAAAAGAUUCUCUUUUGUUUUUUUUAGUUUGAAGUAUUCCUCGUUUCAUGUCCUUAGGACAAGGCUUUCUGUUCCUCAAAACUAGGUCUCUCCUGUCUCUCGGAGUGAGAAUAAAAUCUAGGUUUUAAACACUAGUUGAUCGUCUUCCUCUCGGUCAUGGAGGAACCUUGUGAGGCACGUAACAAUGGUGAAGCCUUUCAAAGACCUAAAUAUCGUAACUAUAACCACCUCAGCUCCAGAAUCUCCUCGCCCUGGUUGGAUCUGAGAGUGUUCUACGUCAGGAUAAGCAAUUUCACGGUGGAAGAUUCAACCCCUGAAGUCCUCACCAUCAAUCACAUUCCUCUGGAUCCAGAUACGCUUUUGGAGAUAAACGGGGUUAGGAUGAGCAUGUACUCAGAAGGGUGUACUUCAAAGCUUAGGAGGGAUCGAGUUGAUAAGAAAUCCGAAGAAGCUACUUAUGUAAGCACAGACAAUAUCAGGUUAAAUGGUAGCGUGAAGUUUGAGGUUUAUGACAAAAACGAGCUAGUCUUGUCUGGAACCCUUGAGAUGUCUGAUGGUAAUGGGUUCACUGGGGAAUUGAAGAAUCAGUGGAACAUGACUUGUGAAGCUGAGAUCACUGCAGGGUCUGGUUUCUUAAAGGAGAAGAGCAAAAACGGUAAAGAGUUGUUGCCAACAUUGCCAACUAUAGAGGUCUAUGUCACUGGUUGCUUCUCAGGAACGCCCAUCAUCUUAACCAAGACUCUACAGCUUGGUUCGAGAAAGAAGCACAGUAGAAGAAUGGCAUUGGAUUCAAUACCGGAGUAUGAAACCGCAGAGCCUCAGAAAAACACUUCCUCUGAGCUCCAUUUUCAGGAAACAGAAUACGCAAAUUACAAAGAGGGAUACGAAGGAGAUAUGUACUGGAAAAGUGACCAGUGCUUGGAUGGAGAGAUGUCAUGGUUCAAUGCAGGUGUUAGGGUUGGUGUUGGGAUUGGACUUGGCGUCUGUGUUGGUCUUGGGAUUGGUGUGGGUCUUCUCGCUCGUACUUAUCAAUCAACCACCAGAAACUUCAGGAAGAGGCUUCUCUAGUUUUAUAUAUAUUUGCAUAUUUCUUCCUUGAAUUAAGUUUUGAAAGAGUCCUUUCUAAAUGUUUGUAUUUUAGGUGUGAUGUGAAUCAAACAAUUUGGUAUGGGAUUGUUGUUAUAUGUUUUCAUGUAAAUAGGAGAUUGGGAGUGUAGCUUUUGUAUUCAGAAUUUGCCUUAUGAGAAUAUACGAUAGGUGUAUACAGAUUCUAAUUCACUUAAUUAUUUUGUGGCUUCAA